AUGAAGCAUAAGGCAAUGGUGUGUUGGUGUGGUGAGAAUGCGAGAAUCCGAACCUCGUGGACAAUUUUGAAUCCUGGGAGGCGAUUCACUGUGCAAAUAUUAAUUUACAGAGUGGGUUCUGUGCAGGGUAGAGGAGGUUGUGAUUUCUGGGUUUGGUAUGAUGUGGAAAUGUGUGAAAGCAUUGGUGGUGUCAUGGAUGCUUAUUGCAAUGUUGUUCUUUGGAGGGAAUGGUGGAUCAGAUGGACUGAAGCUGAAGACUUUGGAAUUGGCAUGAAAGGGGGUGUUUUAGGGAUGCACUGUGCUUUCAGUAUGGGAAGUACUGUGCUUGUGGUGUAA